AUGCCUCUUCUGUCACAGCCCCGCCGCGCGCGCUUCGUCCUGCGCGGCCCCGUGGGGCGGCGGGUCGGGGACGUGGAGCUGGUCUACCGCCUGACCGAGCUGGGCGCCCCCGAGCGGCCGCCGGCCCCGGAGCCAGGACCGGGAGACGCCGAACGGCCUCCGGGGGCCUCGGAACCCCCAGAAGCGCAGAAGGAGCUGGAGGAGGUUUUGCUCCCCGGCGAGGCCGACUCGGACAGCUCGGGUCCUGUGCGGAAUGGAGAAGCCACCUCUGCGGCCACUCGUUCCCGUGCCAGUGGGGGGAGGAGUAUCAGCCCCGUCGACCAUGAUGUCACAGAGCUGGACAUGGAAACCAACACGUUUUGCCCUCCUCCUCUGUAUUACACUCAUUUCACCCAAGGAAAGACGCCUCCUCCACCAGGUAAAAUCACCAUCGAGACUCAAAUGCAUGUCCCCGAGGAACUGGAUGAUGCUUUUGCGGAAGAAAACCUUGUAAAGCCCCCAACACAUACGAGUUCUCUGAAACAUACUAAUUCUGCCACACGGGAAAGUCCUCCAGUGCCUAUAAAUUCUCCACCUAUUCAGGAUAUGGGGGCAAUGAAGCAGACUGCAUGUUGCCCUCAAACUGAACAAAGUAGAAUUAAUACAAUAAGUCAGCUGCCUUUGUUAAAUGCUUUGUUGAUUGAGUUAUCCUUGUUGUCCAACCAACCCAUGGCAAGCACUGCUCAUGUACAUCCUCACUUAGCUUGGUUAUAUAGAACCGAGGAUAAGAAGGCACCGGAAUCUUCUGCCAAAUCCAUGUGUCCAUCUGCAUCUGAGAAGGAUAAGCUUUCUAUGGGGGAACGUGAAAAGUCAGUGAAUGUCCAGUGUGGAAAGAACCAGGUUGAUACCUUUAAGAAAGGUAAAUGUUUUGAAAAGAACAGUGAUGCUCCCCAAAAAAGAGUUUCAAGGGGGAGGCCUCUUUAUGGCUUAACCAAGACACUGAGACUGCGUUUAAAGCAGACAAAUCCUGCAAUGUUGGCAAUACAUGAAAAGAGAGAACAGCAUAGAAAAAUGCAAACACAAAUGUCGGGUACAAAAUUCAGAAUCCCAUCAUCCCAGCUGAAAGUACUAAGCUUUGCAGAACAAAGUCAGAAGCCACACCAACUGCUGGAGGAGAAGUGUUUAGAUUCAAAUGUAUCUUUUGCUGAAAAUGGUGAUACCUCAAGGCAAAGUGGUGGCGUUUUUGCUGAGGCCAGCAGAACUAAAGAAAAUAAACUGAAACGUACAGUUGAGAAAAAGACAGUUGAUUCUGGUGAAAAUAGAGCCAAUAAUGGUACAUCGGAAGAAGUCGUGAGUCCUGUAAAUUCCAUUAUGCCAGAAAGGUUUACUCAGACAAGUAUUUUGGGAGGAAAAGUGGAAAUGAAAGUACAAACUCCAAGUGUCUCCCGACAAGAUGCUACUGUUGACAGAAUUGUAGCAGAUAAAGAAAUAGGUGAUAGGCAGGUCGAAACCACAGAUGACGACAUUCUUACUGCAGAGAGGAGGGAAAACAGCUCAAGUAGCUGCAAUGAGAGCAUCUCAGAACUGAAGUUUUCAGAUGACUUCACCAGCCCUUGCUAUUCUGAAGAUUUCUGUACCACCGAGAACACCAGCAGAAGUUUACAAGCUCACAAGGGCAGUCCAAGAGCAGAAAAUCCAAAACGCAGUCAGCGUAUAAGUCAGUCUAGUGAAGCAGGAUUGUCCAUAAGGAAAAAUAGUAGUGGAAAGAGUUCUAUUCCUAGCCCCCCGUUUUCAGCUGGAUCGCCAGUACUUUCAUGUAGAAGAUCUCAUAUUUCAAAGAUCCAGGAUAAAAGUUUGGAGGAAGCAUCUGUUGUCUCUACCAGUUAUUCGUCUUCAUCACUUUGGACUGAGGAAAAGGAAAACCAGGUAGACCAAAGUAGUAGGCAUAAUUCUAAAGCUGCAAAGCGAGAUCAAGACAUCUCUGUUAAACUUAAAACAAGAACUGGUUGCAAGUCCUUAGAAAAAAGCCAGUCACUGCGGACAUCUCAGGAGAGUUCUUAUCUGCCAUCUAAUUUGUCAGAACUUAAGGUCCUGGAUAGCAGUAUAUCAGAUCACUUUGAAGAAGAUAAUGAUGACUUUGGUUCACUAAAUAUUUCCAAGCAAUGCAAAGAUAUCUGCGAACUAGUAGUAAAUAAAUUUCCAGGAUAUACGAUGUAAAAAUAUGUGCUUUAAAAAAAAAAAAAAGAAA